UGUCAAGAUGUCUGAAGUCACCAAAAACAAAACUUCUCAGUUACUGAAAAAAAGAGGCAGCAUAUCAUCAGUGAGCAGCCCUGAUAUCAAGAUGAAAGAGAUCUAUGGUCGGACCAAAGACUCAGUGAGUACAGUGUCUUAUGCGGAUGAGCCCAGCCACCGGGACGAUGCUCCCCGCCCUGCGGUUCAGAUGGAAAAUACCUACCAGCUGGGCCCUAGCAAAUGUUUUCCUGUGAAUGUUGUCAAUCGCAUUUUGAAGGAUGUACUGACAAAUUAUCUGCAAGAAGAAAAAUAUGAGCCUGAAUUGUGUAGACAGGUGACUAAAACCAUAGCUGAGGUUGUGAAGGCCCGGGUGAAAGACCUUAUGAUCCCAAGAUACAAACUCGUUGUGAUCAUCUACAUUGGACCACUUGAAAAUCAGAGCCUGCACAUCGGGAGCCGAUGUCUCUGGGAUGAAGCCAGUGACACCUUCUCAUCCUUCGUCUUCAGAAACACAUCCCUGUUUGCUCUAGCGACUGUCUACGCUGUUUACCUUGAAUGACAAAGAGCCUCCACGUGGAUUAAAAAAUAGGCUUUGAGUGACAUGUUUCAGUGAAGACAUGUUUCAGUGAAGACAUCGAUGUGCAGUUUGGGACUAUACACUGCUGUGUAAUUCCUGGAUCCUGGAUCAAGAUUCUUGGAUGUAAGUCUCCAAAAAAUCGAACGGUCACACCCUGAGCAAUGGGGUGGAGGCAAGUUCAUGUAACUAACAGUGAACUCCAAAGUUAAGACCUCAUCAACCAGAAGAUGGAGGACUCACAUGGCGAUGGCCCUUGUGAUGCCAGAAAAAAAGGAAAAGGAGCACCAGGACUCUUACUGGGGCAAACUUUUGGGAGGAUGUGGAUGAGAGUCGCAAUCUGCAUUAUUAGAGAGAAUAGACAAAUUGAUGAGAUCACAGAUCCAGUUGGAGGAUUGAACUCUGUGCUUUCCAUUGAUAUAGAGACCAAAAAAAAUUUAAGUGUCUUUCUUCAAAGAGUUUAUAUUCUACGAGGAGGAAUACUGAGAAAUAAUAGUAACAGUAAUAACUAACAUUCUAUAGUGCUUUACAAAUAUAUCUAGUCUGCUCCUCUUGAAAAUCCCAGUAUGUAGAUGCUAUUAUUAUUGUGAUCAAAUCCCAGUUCUUUCCACUCCACCAUACUGCCUCCAGAAAAUAAUGAAUGAAUAAAACACAUUAAAGCUCUCUUUUUUGUAAUGUAUCAGAGAAUAAUAAAUCAUGUUAACGCUCUCUUUUUUAUAAUAUAUCAGAACAUAAUACAUGAAUAAAUCAUGUUAAAACUUUUUUUGUAAUGUAUCAGAAGACAAUGAAUGAAUAAACCACAUUAAAGCUC